AUGAAUAUUUUCACAACCACCAUCAUAACUAUUCACGAAAUCAUUACCAUUGACAUCAUCACCAUCAUUAUUAUCAUCAUCACCAUAACCAUUAUAUCUAUUACCAUCAAUAUCAUCAACAUCACUAUCCCGGAGGACCAGGAUCGACAGAGAAUUGUGUGGGCGCCUAACCCGGACUCUGUCCCACGAGAUUACCGCUUAACUACGGUCACGUACGGCACGGCAUGCGCGCCCUUUUUGGCGAUACGAACUCUGUUACAAUUGACCGAGGAUGAGGGCUCGCGGUUUCCGCUGGGAGCGGCAUGUCUCAGCACUGAAACAUACGUCGACGACACGUUCGCCGGGGCCGAUGAACUGACGGACGCGCUGCAAAAAAGGAACGAGCUCGUUAAGCUGCUGGGUUGCGCCGGGAUAUCACUAGAUAAAUGGGCCGCAAAUCACCCAGAGCUUAUCCCUCCUCGACUAGCGCAGGAGGACGUAAAACAAAUCGACGAGGACCAGUCAGUAAAAACACUCGGCGUGCAUUGGAGUCCGGCUCACGAUCAAUUUAGAUUUAGUUGUAGAGACGUCGCAGAAUUGUCAGCUGCCUCCACGAAGCGGACGGUUCUCUCAAACAUUGCUCGACUAUUCGAUCCGCUUGGCUGGCUGUCCCCGGUGACAGUAGGAGCGAAAAUCUUAAUGCAGGAUCUGUGGAUUCAAAAAUGCGAUUGGGAUUCUCCUCUACCGGCGGAGAUUCGCGAGCGUUGGUACGAAUACUGCAAGUCAUUGGCCAAUCUGCCGUCGCUGGCAGUCGACAGAUGGUUGGGCGUUGCAGGUAAUUGCUCAUUACAAAUUCACGGAUUCUCUGACGCGUCAUCGCGGGCCUUCGCGGCCGCCGUAUAUCUGCGCGUGGAUGGAGGGGACCGACAUAUUAAGGUGUCACUGUUAGCCGCAAAGACGAAGGUCGCUCCGGUAAAGACCGUCAGUAUACCGAACUUAGAGCUUUGCGGCGCCGCUCUGCUUGUUAGGUUGAUUGGCCACUUGAUGAAACUGGACUUUCUUAAAACAGCUCCGGUCUUCGCUUGGUCCGACAGCCAGAUUGUGCUUAUGUGGCUGCGCAGGCACCCCUGUUCUUGGAAAACCUUUGUUGCAAAUAGGGUGUCGUUCAUCCAGACGGAGUUGCCCUCUGCAACUUGGAGGCACGUGCCGACAAAGGAAAAUCCGGCUGACUUGGCGACACGAGGAGCCGAUCCUAUAGAGUUGGCGGAGAAUGGGCAGUGGUGGCACGGGCCUCGAUGGCUCGCUGAGGCUCCGGAGCAGUGGCCGGAGGCAGCGGAAAGUCGCCGAGUCGCUCACGUUCGUCAGUUGCCGUCCGAGUCGGAUUUGUUGACGAGAUUUUCUUCGCUGACCCGUUUAAUUCGCGUAGUCGCAUACUGCAGGCGUCCAAUGCUCAUACUGCGUGGGCGUAAAAAGAAGAUGGAGCCAUUCCCACCGUUUCUUACGGCAUCCGAGUUGGCGGAUUCGCGUAAAAGUGUCAUCAAACUAUCACAGGAUAGUAGCUUCGCCGGUGAGUUAAAAUUGCUGAGAGAGGGCAAGAGCUUGCCGAAACGCGGUCGACUUAGUAAGCUUAACCCUUUUCUUGACAGAGAUGGUAUUUUGCGCGUGGGAGGGCGACUGGAACAUUCGACUCUUUCUUUCGAGAGCAAGCACCCGUCGAUUUUGGCGCAAAACUCCAAUCUCAGCCUUUUAUUUACGCGUUAUGCUCAUCAACAUUGCCUGCAUGGUGGCCCCACCUUGACUUCCAGCCUGUUAAUGCAGCACGUUUGGAUCUUGGGUAGAAAUAAGUUGGUAAAGACGGUAGUCCGUAAAUGUCUGAUCUGUCAGCGCGUCAAACCACAGUCGACCCAGCAAUUAAUGGGGGAGCUUCCAGCAGAUCGAGUCACCGCGGGCAGGCCGUUUUUAGUGACAGGAUUGGAUUACGCGGGUCCGAUUCAAGUACGUGCCACAAAGGGCCGCGGGCACAAGUCAUAUAAAGGGUACAUUGUCGUUUUUGUGUGCUUUUCUACGCGGGCCAUACAUCUCGAGCUUGUCAGCGAUCUUACAUCGGCUUCCUUCCUCAGCGCUUAUCGUCGGUUUGUGGGUAGGCGUGGAGUCUGCCGAAAGCUCUACAGCGACAACGCAACUAAUUUUCAUGGAGCAGACACAGAGCUAGCAUCAAUGUUUCAGCGCGCGUCUGAAUUUUAUAAUAAACUCGCCCCUGUUCUCGCGAACGAUGGGACGGACUGGAAUUUCAUACCCCCGAGCGCCCCACAUUACGGCGGGUUGUGGAAAGCAGGAGUUAAAUCGGUAAAACAUCACCUAAAAAGGGUGGUGGGCGAGCACAUGCUCACCUUUGAGGAGUUGUCGACGGUCCUGGUGGAAAUUGAGGCGUGUCUCAAUUCACGGCCGUUGGGAACUUUGAGCGCGGACGUGGACGACUUGCAGGCGCUGACCCCCUCUCAUUUUUUGCAUGGGUGUGCUUCGACCCUGCUUCCUGAUGCCAAUCUGACAGAUGUCCCGCAGAAUCGACUGGACCGCUAUCAAUUGCUCCAGAGGAUCCGAAACUUGUUUUGGAAGCGUUGGUCGUCCGAAUACCUGCUUCAUUUGCAACAGCGAGAGAAAUGGAGAGAGCCAACGGAAAACUUCUGUGUAGGAAGGCUGGUUCUCGUAAAAGACGAUCGUUACCCCCCGUCAAAAUGGCCCUUAGGCAGAGUAACUGACGUCCACCCGGGCCCGGACAGUCUCGUGAGAGUGGUCACGGUGAAGACGGCCACGACGUCGCUUCGUCGUCAUGUGGCUCGUGUGUGCCCGUUGUAUAUGGAGAAAGAUACCACGACAAUGUAG